UCAGGGGAUUUUCAGCCCAAUUACCCAUAACUCCUCCUGAGUCACUUCCAGCUUUUGGUGGGGGAUGAAACAGACAGUGCUUGGCUUCGUGUGUCAGCACACACUGAUUGUCAAGUGACAGCUUGAAUCAAAAAUAGCAACAGAGCAUCUAUAAAAGCUGCAGACAGACCUAAGGUUGGACACAGACAGCACAAAGAGGACGUCUGGGAGGGAAGAAGAAGGAUUCAAAGCAUCACUAGAUCCUCGGACACCUCAGAGAGAUAUCGGAUAGAGAUCUCGCACAGCGGACAUGAUGCCAGUGUGUACCGUCCUAGAGAAGCGUAGCGGUGUGGUGACAGGAGCCGAGCUGACCUGCAGCGUACGGGAGGAGAACAAGGUUCAAAGGGAGAGUUAUAGCGUUGAUUGGCACAGUGUCAGUCUCAAGACUCAACCUCAGGAGAGGCAGACGAUGGAUAUGAAGGAUAAGUCUCGCAGGGAGACUCUGUCUCGUCAGUGGCAAGUCCGCUCUCUCAUCCAGACCUGCCCGUCUGGUGUCUUCAGAGUGGGAACCGUAGAACGUGGGGUGAAGGAGCACCAGCUUCUUCCGAAGAGAAACACCCUCCCUUUGCCCAUCUUCACUCCAUCAGAGCUGGGCGUCAGGCUCGGUCGUGGAUCCCCACACACUGAAGAAGACUUGCAGCCCUUCCCCGCACCAGACGGAUCCUGUCCCAGGAAGAGGACUGUGGACGAGAUCACAAGAGACCUCCCCCCAGUCAAGCCCACCCUCAUGGAAUUCGCCAAAGAUCCCAAAAGUCUUGGCCGCUCCAUGUCACAGGAGGCCCAGAGGGGGUAAAAAACAAAGGUCACGGAGGGGGUUGGGUUGUUAGGGAGAGAGGAGAAAGAUGACGUGUGGGUAAGGACGGAGUGGAGCAUGUUAGAGGAGAAGAAUGUAGAUUUACUUCGUAUGGCAUUGGUCAUAAAACCAACAUGCUACAUAGACUUUUAGCACCAUCUGUGUUUCCUGGCAAAUUUAGCAGGUAAACACACCAGAGAUGGUGACUGAGUGGAAUUAGAACAAAACCUUUGCACUGUGUUUGUGGGACAAAUGUGGAAUGGUAGUUUGUAUUCUCAGCUGUUCUGGCUAAUCCCUGUUGCCAUAUCUGUUAAUCCCUUCGGAGACUCUGCAAGCCCUCUGCAUGCACCAGUGCACCUAAAUCACAUUGUACCCUGUACAACUCAAGCUUUUCACAAAGUAAAUGAGAACGUUUUUGGGCUGCUCCGACUUAGGGUUUGCACUUAGGAUGAGGUGGUGAAGGUGUGCUGACAUGGAAAGUGACGAAUGGAAUGAUCUCUUCAGGCUGGAAAAGGCAAGUAAGAAUAAAAA